CUGUUAAUAAUGAAUGUUUUUUACUCAAAUGACUGUUUCUAAUUGUAAAUUACAGGAAUCCACGUAAAGCUUACACAUUCACUUUGUAAUUUUCUGUUCACAUUUAUCUUUCAGUUUCCUGUUUUCUAACUAAAUUUACUGAAAUAAAUACCUUAUUCCUACUGUUUGUGUUUUAAUAUGAGUCUUUUAUGUUCUUGCAUAAAAAAUAUAACUUUUUCAUAUAAGCAUUUGUGUUAAAACAUAUCAAUAUCUUAAUUAUUUUCACACUCUUAACCAAUUAGCAUAAAUCAUUUCCACUAUUUAGUUUCAAUUGGAUGUAGGUGGUUGGAAGUGACAAAAAGGCACAUUAGUUAAAUAGCUAAGGUAUACUUUUUUGCAUAUAUAUACAUAUUUAUUUCUUCAUAACUACUCAUAUAUGUAUACACAUACAUUUACAUGAUAUAACUAAACAACAAGUGACCUUGUCACCUAUUUCUAGUAUAUUGAACAUUCAGUAGCCAAGUUUAUUCGAUUCCUACUCCAUUUUUACUUUCCCUCUAAACAAUUCUCCUGCUGAUUUUUUAUGAUUAUUUUAUUUAUAUUAAAACUCUUUUACACUCUGUGUGUGCAUUGUUUUGGAAUGUUAAAUACAUAAAAAAAGCUUCCAAGUGAUUUAAACGAAAAGCAAAUGAAGCCGGGAAUUACAAAUUCUGUUCAUUGUAUGUAACGCUGCUUCUCCUCAGAAAUAUUAUCAGCCUUUCUCGAGUUUAUUAUUACCUUAAUUCAACUAUUGAUGAUGAAUAGGAUUAGUUAUCAGUGAUGAGUACAUAAAAAUCAGCUAGCCUGCAUAACAACUAUAAAUCAAACGGGGAUCAGCCUACGAAACUUGCUUUCAUAUCAUAAAAGGCCGGGAAUCUUGGAACAAUCUCUGAGUGAAUCACUGGAAGCACCAUUUCAAAAGUCGAUAUUACCGAAGUCAUUGUGCGUCCCCCAUGAUCGGUUACUGACUGCAAGUGGAACAAAGGAACCCAGAAAUACACUCGUCUUUAUUCACCUCGGAUUAUCAGCAGUAAAAAGAUUAAAAGCUGUACCAUUGUUACUCAAAAAUAUCAAAAGAAGAAAUGAAAUCUAAUCAGAAUAUAAGAAAAGUAGAAUACAGUCCAAGUCUGCAUCAAAAUCGUCCGAAUUAUUCAGAAGUAUACUAUAACACUGAAAGUCAUCAGCACAUGCCUCAAUUCCAGCAGCAUCCCUGUACCGUAGCACAUUAUCCUCAAUCGCUGAGAUUGAAACGAAGUUGUCACAACACAAAGUGUCGUUACUGCUUUCCAGAUCCCUGUAACAAUGUGUUAACUCAAUUCGACUUAGAGAGUAAAUCCUCUUCAAGUGAAUCAGCAUCACAGAUAAUGUCUAGAAAUUCAAUUAGUAGUUAUUAUAAUUAUAAAAAAUUUCUUGAUCAGAACAGUAGACCUACUGGUACAAUACACGAAGAAGAAAUUGAAUAUGAUGAGAGUAGAGUGGUAGAUGACGAAGGAUGGACAAUAGGAGAACAAAAUCAGGAGAUUAUGAUUCCUUCAUAUAAAGAAGUCAGAGUGAAUACACCCCUAGGACAAUACAGAACAUCCUCAAGUGUAACCGGAACUAAUCUGACUAACACUAUGCGUAGUAACUAUCACCACCACCAACAACAACAACAACAACGACAAACACAAGAUAACGGAGAUGUUUACUGGUCAACCCAUCAAGUCCCACUUACUGUUUACACCAGUGGUAGUAAUUUUAAUAAUAAUAAUCAUUAUAAUUAUCAUGAAAAUAAUGUUUCUCCUGUGUCUAAAACCAGAGAGAUUGGUUCAUUUAACCGAAAAAACCCUGUUUACAAAUCACAAAUUAUCACAGAUGAUGUUAACUACUCAAUCCCAAAGCGUACAAUGAGUCAUACUAAUGUCUAUGGUGCUCCACGAUCUUGGAAUCUAAGAUCUUAUCAAGGUUCUGAAUCUGAUUUGGCAUAUAAACGUGAAAUGUCGUCAACAUCACAUUUAGCACGUUCUGGUUAUUCAGCAAGACGUGAACGUUUAAAACAGGAACGUGAACAAGAGUUAGCACGACAGACAAGAUUAAGGCAGAUGGCUGCAUCAUCAACAGGACUGCAUGAUUAUCGACAGUAUCAGCAACAAAGUGCCCAUCAACAUCAUCAACAGCAACAUUAUCGUUCAACGUCUGCUGUAAAUGAAAUCGGUCGAAAGGAGUUAAUUCAAAAGAGAUCUCUUGGAAACACUGAAGCUUUUGAAGAGUUUGAAACAAUCACCUUACAACCAAUAGGUAGAGGUGUUCAAGAUCUUGAUUCACAUGUCGGAUCAAUGACAACAUUAGCACGAGGCGGUGGUGCUUCGUCCAUGAUUGAAGGAUUAAGUCAAGUUGAUGAUCAUCAUCCCCAUCAACGUGCUGGUUCACGGGCAAGUUUAGUGCGUCAGCCAUUCGCUUCAACUCAAUAUUUGAAUCGACAAAACUACAGUCAUGAUGGGGAUCAUACAAUUUCUGUAAAUCGUGUUCAACAAGUAUCGAGUACUCCAAUCCAGAGUCGGCCGCCUAGUCGUCUUGGUACACCAGCUGCCUAUGUGGAUCAUGUUUCAGUUGGAACCACUCCACAAACAAUUAUUGGACCAACAAAAGUUAUCAGUAAUCUAAAUGUAAUGACCACUACUAAACGAAUGUCUGAGCGUACUGAAGUUCCAAUGCAAAAUGGAUGGAAGCCGGAUAAAACGAAACAAGACAUGGUGGAUAGUAGUAAUAUGGCUCAUGUGAAUGCAACAGUUCGUGUCUGGUAUAGACCAAAAUUAUCCAGGGAAGAAGCUAUCAGUAUUCUACGCCAACAAGUCCCUGGCAGUUUCCUGAUUAGAGACAGUACAACGUACAAGGAUGCUUUUGGUCUAGCUGUCAAAGUUGCUACUCUUCCACCAAAAGUCACACCAAAAUCUGAUGACCUACAAUCUGAACUAGUUCGACAUUAUCUCAUUGAAGCAGUGAAUACACCGACUAAAGGUGUACGCCUAAAAGGUUUUGCAAGUGAACCUGUAUUCCCAAGCUUAGCUGCUCUUAUCAAUCGACAUACACAGGAUGCUUUAGCUUUACCGUGUCGUUUAAUUCUCCCAGCCAUUCCAACUACACCUCUACCGCAAGGAUAUAAAACUCCACCACAAAUUGUGACUGGUAUACCACCGAAUAAUAAUAAUAAUAAUAAUAAUAAUAAUACUGAAAUACCGAUGAGUAAUCAUAUUUCUGUGUCUCACAAUGAGUCUAUUUCAAAAGUGAACAAUGCUACUGGCCCAAUUUCUGAAAUGGGUUCUGUUGUUAUGGAUAACGGUGAAAUAGACUGUACAAAGUCAGUUGUAGACAAUUCAACAGUCGGCAUAGAUGGUCUACCGUUCGAGUGCGUAGUUAAAGAUGACCAGCAUAAGCAAAUGACAUCACCAAGUCUAAUCAAUCAAGGAAUGACUUAUCGAUGUUUCAUGCUGGGAUCAGUUGACACUCCUCAAUGGAAUAAUGAACUUUGUUUCUCAAGAGCAGUUGAUCAGUUAAUUCCAUUGGAAACUUUAACAGCAUCUGAAUGUGAUCAUGGUAUUAGUCGUGUACGAUAUUCAGAUAUUCAGUUGCAUGUCAGUCCACAUGAUGGAAUUACAAUUAUAGAUCUGUUAAGACGUUUAUUCCUUCGACGACAUCUUCCUAAUAAUGUAUUAUUAUAUUGUGGUGUAGAGUCUCGAAGAAAAGAAUUUAUUCACCCUGAACAUCAAAAUCUUGGCAUACGUAAUCCAAAAAUCUUUGGAUUAGUUGUUCGUAAAGGAAUCAGUGAAUGUACAUGUCAUAUAUUUUCUGAAUGUGAUCCAGUUCAUUCAGCUGAAUCAAUUGUCAAUUAUAUUCGAACUACUUAUCCACAUUUAAAGCCCUAAUAUAUAUUAUAAAUAAACAGAAUCAAUCAAUAGUCAAAAAUAUAUCAUUAAUAUUAUUAUUAUUAUUUCAUUAUUAAUAUUAUUAUUACUACAUCUGUCUAUUUAUAAGAAACCUUCUAAUAAUAGAUAAGUCAGUUAGUUGGUACUUGUGUAGCAACACUAUUCCACUGUAAGUGGUUUUUCUUUUCCUGCUUCUACGCCUCCCUCCUCCCCCUCCUUUUUCCAACUUACAGAAAUACUCAUCACUAUUGAUAUUGCAUUCUAACAUACUCAAAAGACAACCUUUAGCUUCGUUUUGUUCAAUACUGAAGGUGCAUAAGCUUCUAUUGUGUCUUUUUCGUUCCAUCCUCUUUCUGUCUUUUGAUCUAUCAGCAAUAACCACUUUAUACAUGUGUGAAACUACCUGAGAAACAUUUUCUUAUACAUUUAUGUAAUAUCUAAUUUAACUUUGUUUUCUUUUGUACCCUAACACAUAGUGUAAAGCUGAUUCCAGCAUUACAUCGCCCAGCUUUUUAUUUUACAAUCCCUUUUCCUUUUCUCUCUCUCUUUUUCAGUGUUUGUUUUUCCCACCACUCUAUCGCAUUCAUUCAUUCUAAAUAUUAUUUGUGAAGGCUUUUUCUUUCGCUAAUCAGGCACAAUUCACUUUUUCUUAUUUUAUUCCGCUACUAAUUUCAUAUUCUUUCCUCUAAUAUAAGAGAAUAGUCAGCUAUUUACUGUACUGUGUAAAAGUUUUACACUUCUGUUUUAUUGUUUUAAGUCCUUAUGGUAUAUUUUUUGGAGUGUCUGAUAUCUGAGAUCGACAUCUUGCUUUACAAUAAAACACCGAAAAUAUGUUGUCACUUUUUUUUUAAAUAUUACUCACAUUAAUAUUCGACCAUCUCAUCCAAAUUGUCUUCUUGUCAUUUAUUCUAAGGUAUAUAAAUGUUCAUUGUGACCUUUAUUAUUAUUGCUAUUAUUAUUAUUGUCGAUGUCGCCAUUUUUUGUUUUGUUUCUGAGAGUAUCGCUACUGUGGUCACUUAAGUUUUCUUUACUCUGAUAAUUUUCUUUUUGGUGUUUUUUUUUGUCGUUGUUAUUGUGCAAUGGACACUUUUGUUCAGAAAUAUAUACAUAUAUGUAAACCUAUUUACUGGUGUGGAUAAUAUUUACCCUUUUGAUCAAACAAUAAACAAACAAAGUCUUCUACUCAAAAAACCCUACAAUGUCCUUUCUAUCUUGUGUAUUCUAAAGCAUACUCUUUUUUUUAUUUAAAGAUAUGUUGGGGGGGAGUAUAUAUAGUCUCAGUGUGGAUUUUUUUUCUCUCCUUUUCCUUGUAUUCAAAUAAUAUUUUACACAGAAACACCUGCUUUUUAUGCCUAUGGAUUCAUCUUAUCUUAUGUACGUACGUAUUCAUCAUGUGUAUGAAUGAAUAAAUAAUAAUAAUGAUCAUCGCGUAAAUUUCACUCUGUUUACACUUGUU